AACUCACUUAAUAUGGUCUCGAGACCACUUUGAACUUAAUGUUCGUAUAUUAUAUGAAACAUAUGUACCGUUAUCUGUAUAUUAAACAGGAACAGGUAAAGAUUAGUUAUACUGGGACAACGUAACUGACGUUAGUUAGUCACCAGCUGAGCUUGAUUAAGCACGCGUAACAACGUAAUCAUUCACAUCCGGCUCCAGCUCCUGUGGCAGAUGGAGGAGCUCUACACUUUAGAGAAAGAAGUGGGACGAGGCAGCUAUGGUGUGGUGUUUGAGGGCCAUAUGGCCAAAACAGGACAGAGGGUGGCUAUCAAAAGACUGCCCUGCAGCAGCCCGGAGUGCAUUGAACUCUACCUGCAGGAGCUGUGGGCCAUGAGAGCCACAGCCAAGAACCACGUCAAUGUCAUUGUGCUCCACAGCUGUCUCCUGCAGACGGGGCCAAGGAGCCUGAAGCCGCUAAAACCUGGAAAACUGCCUCUACGUCUAGUUGAGAGCGUGCUGAAGGGCAGUGUAGUUGGAGCACAACAAAGCCAGGAAAGGAGUAACUCUCAGUCCAACACCCAGAGGAAGAACAAAUCUGUCUCUAGACUUAAGGAUAGGAGCAACACUGUCCAGGCCAGGGCUAAGCUUCAGGAGAAGUCUAAAUCAAAUGCGUCUGAUUCUUUAACUCCACAAAGGCCUCAAAACAGAGCCAGGAAGAGACCGGCCCAGAGGGAGGAAGAGGAGCCGGGGCCCCUGUAUUGCUUGGCCCUGUGGCUUGUGAUGGAGUACUGUGACGGGGGAGACUUGAAUCAGUACCUGCUCUCCAGGCCACCAGAUGCCCAGCGUAACCACAGCGUGGUGCGACAGCUCUGCAGUGCCGUGGCCUUCCUGCACAGUCUGGGUAUCACCCACCGAGACCUGAAGCCUGACAACGUGCUGGUGUGCGUGACACCAAAAGGCCCCGUCGUCAAGGUGGCAGACUUUGGUCUGAGCAAGAUGACUGAAGGUCUGGUGGGUGGUGAUCUGACCAGGCAGCACUUUUCCUCGACCUGUGGCUCUGACUUCUACAUGGCUCCAGAGGUGUGGGGUGGUCUGCCCUACACAGCCCAGGCAGACAUCUUCUCGCUGGGCGUGUUGUUCUGGGCGGUCCUGGAGAGAAUCACCUUUGUGGAGGAGGGGACCACGCAGGAACAACUGGGUGCGUACGUAUGUAAGGGUCGCUCAGGCUGGCUGAUGCCGCUCGGGGAAGCCUUGUGUGAGAACGCCGACCUCCAGCUGUGCAUCCCUAUGAAGUUUAAGAGAGCACCCCCGCUGCCACCGCCCCCUGGUCCGGCCACGUGCACCCUGCUUUUAGACAUGCUCGCCUCAAACCCGGAUGCCCGGCCCCUCGCAGAGCAGCUGGAGGCCAGAGUGUGCUCUGCUCUGAAGAAGGACUCCCACUGACAGAAAGUGGGCUUAAGAGACCGUAAUGGCUAUAACCACUAUAGCCACUACAUGGAAAUAUUGACUAUGGGCUCCCUGAUCGCAGUGCUUCUACAUGUGUAAGAAACAGCCACUUUACUGCCAAAGGGAGGUGGGGAUAAGAAAUAUGUAUGAUUUUAUGGGACUGCAGGUGCUAUUUUUGUCGCAGAAACAGAAGCUUGAUUCAUAAACUGUGUAGGAAACCACGAAAAGGGAAAUGAAUGAAACAGAGGAGGUCCAUAUAGAGGUCUGGUGGUACCUACUCAAGCUGUAUUUGAUGUAAGCACCAUGCUGCUUGAAGUUUGAAUGCUUGAGACAGAAAAUCAAUUGUAGCAUGCGUGUGUAUACGUAACUGAAAUGAAAUGCGAGGGAUCACUGCUGCUGCUUCUUGUUUGGUGACUCCCCAUCACAGCUUCUGGGCGUUGCUUUUGACUUGAUUUGUGGACAUGACUCGUUGAAAAUUGUAGCUAGCAUUUCAUUUCUUUGUGCUUCUUCACAUAUUUCCACCACACAUUGAUGUAGCAUUGCACAGUUCACUGGAUCUCCAUGUCUUAAAUAUGUAAAGUGACCAAAAAACUUUGUCUAUUAUAAUAUAAUCCAGAGUAGUAGUCCUGUAAUAAAUACUAUCUUUGUGACACUAAUAAAUUAAUUUUAACUCUUAAUGACACUGUGUCAGCAACAGGCAUCAAUUCAACACUGUGUUAAUGUUUGAGGCUGUAGUUGGUGGUGUUUUUUGUUUUUUUUUCCUCCAAAAAUAUGGACAUGAUAUGAUUAUAUAACACAUGUCAACAUAACCUUCAACUCAAUGGCAACACAAAGUACAGCCUCAAAAUGUACGACAGGUUAGAGUCGGUAUACAAACGGCUAACACAAAACCUUAAAGGACCACUGUGUCAGACUUAAAGAGACUAUUAGCAGAAUGUGUCAGAAAUUUUGUAUGAUUACGAGUAUGAUUUUUCAUUAAUGUAUAAUCACCUGAAAAUAAUCAUUAUGUUUUUGUUACCUGUGACUGAGCCUUUUAUGUCUACAGACGCCACGGGUCCUCUUCUACAGAGUCCGCCAUGUUGAAUCACCAUUUGUACGGUAGCCUGUAUGGACAAACUAAACACUGACUCUAGAGCAUGUUUAUGUUUUUUGCAAUUUUCAUUGCCACUGUAGUUCUUCCUUUUACGCUUGUAAAUGGAAAAUCUUUAACGGACCAGCGUGUAAGAUUUGGUGACAUGUAGCGGUGUGGUUGCUGAUUACAACCCCUUUGUCUCACCUUCCUCGUCCUAGCACGAAAGAGGAACUACAGUAGUCAUGAAAACGGUGAAAGGCCAUAUCUGGACUCAGUGUUUAGUUUGUCCAUUCUGUGCUGCUGUAGAAACACGGUGGUUCAGCAAUCUGUGGAAUAGGACCUGGAUCAUCUUUAAUUAUAAGAGGCUCAUUCUGAGGUAACAAAAACAGAAUUAUUCUUAUUGUUCUCUCUAAUAUAUUUUGUAAAUAGAGCCCCGUAAAUCUGACACACUGGACCUUUUUAAAAUACAGCAGUAUUUAUUGCAGGGCUAACUUACUACUGGUGUUUGUAUUUUUUUGCUUUGUGUAUUUACAUUUUUAACAUUCAGAGAUUUAAAUAUGACUUGAAAAUGUAUAUUUUUUUGUAAGCUUGCUUUGAGUCAGUAAUGUUUUAGGUUGUUGUAAGUUUUAGUCAAACUGUGUGAGCAUUUUUGUGAUCUCUGCACUGGAAACUUAAAGGUCUGGCAGCACCAGGCUCCUGGUGACUAACGAUCACUAAUAUACCGUCCCCUCAUGAGCAGGAAAUUAAAGCCAGACAUUAGGAUUGUUGUUGAUCAUAUCCAUGCUGAGUCCACAGCAUUUAUUACUGGCCAUCAGUCUUAGUCUUUGACAGAAGAUACGCAAUCUUAGAUGGCUACUUAUUUCACAGUUUCUUUGUCAAAAAA